UGCAUUGUCUCCCUUGUAACAUGUCCGCGUCAUUCGAUCUGUCGCGUUUGUUUGUUCGUCAGUACGAGCGAAACGACAACAAAUUGUUGCAGUUUCAUCAAUGUGAAGUUGGUGAUGUAGGAUGCGUCGUUUGGGACGCAGCUUUAGUUCUCAGUAAAUAUCUGGAGACUGCGGACUUUAAUUAUGGGCAUGCUUUGAUAUCGAAAGUUAUAGUGGAACUCGGGGCAGGAACUGGCGCUGUAGGCCUUGUUGCUGCGAGCUUUGGGGCAAGAGUUACCAUUACAGAUUUGCCAGAGUUCAUUCCUCUACUGGAAUACAACAUACAGGCAAAUCGAUCUUCCAUAGCUGGCAACAUUCAUGCCCAUCCUUUGAUAUGGGGUAUACAGACAAUGAAAGACAUUCCUAGAGAACCAGAUUAUAUUUUAUUGGCCGACUGCAUUUACUAUGAAGAGUCUUUGGAACCCCUAGUCAGCACUAUUUCUUCACUGUGUGGAAAACAAACAGAAGUCCUCUGUUGUUAUGAAAAACGAAAUUCAGGCAAAAAACCGGAGUUGGAAAAACGUUUCUUUGAGCUGAUUCAUUCAUCAUUUGAUGUUGAAGAAAUUCCUCAAGAGAGGCAAGACCAACAUUUCUGCAGUGAUGACAUCCAUAUAUUUAAAUUUCAAAUGGAAAGAAACCAUGGAAUGUUGAAGUCAAAAGUACCACAACAGUUGAGCCACUUUACACACUGAGAAUAUAAUACUGAAGGGAGCAGAAUAUAGAUUGAACUAAGAUUUUUUAAUUUUUGUAGAUAUUGAGCAAAAUUUGUAAAUACUAGAAAACUAUUAGAUUUUGGAAUCUUGACAUGUUUUACUAUUAAUAUUUGUAAUAAACUUAGUAUAGAUUUAAAAUGGUAUUUUUUUUUUUUUGUCUUUUGUGCACGACAAGUGACCAGAGAGCAGAAGAAUAUAUGUGUAUAGGCAGCAUGCAUGCAUUUGUUGUGCCAUGAUAUAAUUGAGUGUCACAAGGAACAAAUUCUAAUGAGACCCUUUCUCUCACACACACGCAUGCAAAAAGGAAGGAAGUUAAGGUUGACAUACAUCUACACUAUGCAAUCAUAUGUUCAAUCUCAGUUUGAAGAAUCUGUUCUUUUCUCCGAAUUUUUCAGUUAUUGAUGUUAAAGUUUUUAAGGAGAACAUUCAUUUUAUUACAGUUUGGGUUUUUUAAACUACAA